GAAAGUGACAAUAUUAGAGGACCCUGAUCAGAAUAUUCACCUGAAAAACUUGUCUCUCCAUCAGGCAACCACAGAAGAAGAAGCUCUGAAUUUGCUUUUUUUAGGAGACACCAACAGAAUGAUUGCAGAGACACCUAUGAACCAAGCUUCCACCCGUUCCCACUGCAUUUUUACUAUUCAUUUGUCAAGCAAGGAGCCAGGUUCUACAACUGUGCGACAUGCCAAACUCCAUUUGGUUGAUCUGGCUGGUUCAGAGCGAGUUGCAAAGACUGGAGUAGGGGGCCAGCUUCUAACAGAGGCCAAGUAUAUCAACUUGUCACUUCAUUUCUUGGAACAGGUUAUCAUUGCCCUUUCAGAAAAACACCGCUCACACAUUCCUUAUAGGAACUCCAUGAUGACCAGUGUCCUAAGAGACAGUUUGGGAGGGAACUGCAUGACAACUAUGAUUGCAACACUCUCUUUGGAGAAGAGGAAUAUUGAUGAGUCUAUAUCUACCUGCAGAUUUGCACAACGAGUAGCACUUAUAAAGAAUGAAGCUGUUCUUAAUGAAGAAGUUGAUCCCAGAUUGGUGAUUAUACGCCUACAGAAGGAAAUCCAGGAACUGAAGGAUGAACUGGCCAUUGUCACUGGAGAGCGGAAAACAGAGGCACUCACAGAAGCAGAACUCCUUCAGCUGGAAAAACUAAUAACAUCCUUUUUGGAAGACCAGGAUCCAGAGCGCAGACUGGAGGUUGGCGCCGACAUGCGUAAAAUUCAUCACUGUUUUCAUCAUUUAAAGAAACUAUUGAAUGACAAGAAGAUCCUUGGAAAGAGUAACGUCUCCUCUGAAAGCAAAAACCAAGACUGCCAUGAACCACUACAAGAGGAAGAAUUUAAAAAACUACGAGAUAUUCUAAAGCAGAGAGAUAAUGAAAUCAGUAUCCUUUAUGAAGUGAUGAGAAAUUUUCUCUGUAUUGACUUGAAAGUG